AUGGCUCUCGUAAUUGUUUCACAAAGAGCCACCAACAUACAAUCACCAAUCGAUGCUUCACUACCCAUGACAUGUACUAUAGAAAGUUCAUAUGUUGUCGAUGGACAUGGGGAGUAUUCUAUUCGAGUUUCACGUCUAUUGAAUGAUCCAUCGGCUUCAUGGCUGAUAAGAAAACGCUUUCGAGAAUUUGUUGAUCUGAAUAAUGUUUUAAAAGAGUAUGGCUUUAAUUUUGGAUUACCGAAGAAAAGAAUUCUUGGUAAUACUGAUCACAUAUUUAUGGCUGAAAGACAAAAAGGACUUCAAACGUAUCUCAAUACACUCGUGCAACAUGUAGAACUUUGUAAUUCAUUAAUGGUUCAUCGUUUCCUCAACCCCGAUAAUCAUAUUAUUAAUUAUCCUGAAUCAGCAUUACAAUACGUAUCUAUGUUUAUGCGUUCGAUGAAUAAUAUGUAUCAAAUUAUUGAACCACUUUUUGAUUUCGGAUGGCGCUAUGAUAAAAGUUAUUUUAUUGGCUCAAAAGCUGGCUGUCCAAAAAAUGAACGUUAUCUAUUUAUAUGGUGUCAUUAUGGUUUGGAUAAAGCACUUGGAGAAAAAGAAAUUAAGAAUUGCUUAAAAUUAUUUAAAUCGAUUUCCCACCCAUUGAUAGCUCCAAUUGAAGAAGUUUACGCAAAUGAACACGGUACAUUGACAGUGUGCCGAUUUUAUGAACGAGGAUCAUUAAAAGAUUAUAUCCGUCAGACCAGGCCAGCUGAUGGUUACUACUGGAAACGAUAUGGUCCAACGUCAUCGAUAAGACGAUGUGAUUUACAUCAAAUAAGAAUCUUAGGCUGUCAGAUUUUAGAAGCACUUUAUUUUCUCUAUGAAAACAAUCUUGUUUAUGGACAUUUACAUUCAGGAAAUAUUUUAUUUGAUUUUGAACAAACUCAAUCAAUAAAAUUACUUGAUAUAACAAAUGCGAUUGCAGGUGUAUCAUCAAAAUAUCGUUGUUAUUAUUCGAAUCUUAAAUAUAUUCAUACUUUGGAACAAUGUGAUAUCUAUGCAUUUGGACGUUUAUUGUAUGAAUUAUCAACCGGUGAAGAAUGUCCAAUAAGUUUAUAUACAGAAUUUCCGUCUAUAAUUCCAUAUCCGGUUCAAGAGAUACUUUCAAAAAUUUUUAUACCCUCCGGAACUUUGCCAACGUUACAACAGCUAUUAAAUGAACCACUUUUUCAAAUAACCUAUUCAAGUGGUUUCGAACGAUUUCAAUUGAAAUUAAAUACUAAAGCGAAAGAAGCAUUCGAAGAAAUAAUUCGAAAAGCUCGUGAACGAUUAGAAAAUGAUCAUAUUAAAAUUAAAUCAGCUCAACGUCAUCUAAAAAUUUCUAAUCAUCUCAUGUCCGAUGAAGAAAAACUUCGACGACGUCGAGAAAGACAAACUAAAGCAUUGGAAAGAAAGUUCGACAAUAGUUUUAAUAGUAGAGAUACGUCAAAAAGUCUUCAAAAUUCUAUUAACGUUGGCCCAUUACAAACAGCCUCACCAAGUAAAGUUUUAUCAGCAAACACUAGUGUUGAUAAUGCAUCGGAUGUUCCUCAAGCAGCACCGUCAACUUCACCUCCGCCAAUAGUUGUCAAUGAUACUCGGGUGCAAUUUUUAAACUCGAUUGCAGAUUUUAAUCUGGCGAAAUUAAAACAAACAAAAACCAUCGAUCGCAGUGCACCGAAACUCUAA